AUGGCGUCGCAGGGCACCGGAUACGACCUGUCCGCCAGUACCUACUCGCCCGAUGGACGCAUUUUCCAGGUAGAGUAUGCUACCAAGGCUGUGGAAAAUGCCGGCACAGCCAUUGGCGUUCGCACGAAAGACGGCGUGGUCCUGGGCGUGGAGAAUCUCAUUCCCUCCAAGCUGCUGGUCCCUGGCUCCAACAAGCGCAUCUUUGGUGUCGACAGGCACAUCGCCCUCACGUCCGCUGGCCUGACAGCCGAUGGAAAGCAUCUGGCCGCGCGCGCGCGCGAUGAGGCGGAAAACUAUCUCGAUACAUACAAGGAAAAAACGUCGGUCAAGACACUGACGGAGCGUGUGGCACUGUAUGUGCAAGCUUUUACGCUGUACUCGUCCGUGCGUCCGUUCGGUGCAUCGACGAUCAUCGGUGGCGUGGACGCUGUCCGUGGUCCGCAGCUUUUUGUUGUCGAGCCCUCAGGCAUGUUUUGGGGCUACCACGGUUGUGCCGUCGGUAAAGGCAAGCAAUUUGCCAAGACAGAAAUCGAAAAGCUGGGCCUCGAGACCAUGUCCAUGGAAGAGGCCGUGAUCGAGGUCGCUCGCAUUAUCUACAAAGCUCAUGACGAUGCUAAGGACAAGGAGUUUGAGCUCGAACUUUCAUGGGUGGGUCCCGAUGGCCGGCAUACCUCUGUGCCCGCGGCACUGCGUGAAGAGGCCAUACGGCGGGCGGAACAGUCACUGGAGGAAGAAAUGGAAGAUUGA